UGUAUCUGGCUAGCUUAGUCACGUAUCAGUGGGAAGUCUAGAUAGAAAUUAUGCUGCAGAGUGACUGUAGAGCUGUGAUCUUGUGGUAAGACAAUGUGAAGACACAGAAAAUGUGCUUCAUUUCCUAAGUGAUCUCUACACAUUCAGUCUGCCAUAUUAAUCACACUGUCUGUUUGAGACAGCCGACAGAUUUUUUCUUUGUGGACUAUGAUAAGUAAACUUUCGAUAAUGGAAGCUGGACUGGCAUGUCUUCUGUUUUCCAUGGGAUUUUUGACUGAAGUACCUGCUUUUUAUUCUUGUCCUUCACCAGUGCUACCUACUGGAACCAAAGUAGCUCUUACAGAGUCAACGGUUAUUCUCACAUGUGGAGAGGAGGAGAGAUUUGUUAAUUCAACUAUCGAGUGGAGAUUUAAUGGAAAUAAAAAAAUACUAAAAGACAAACGGUCAACAGAAAAUAAAAAUGUUUUGGUUCUACAGUCCAUCACACUUAAAGAGACUGGAAUUUAUUCCUGCUACAUUGAUGGAGAGCUAAUCGAUACCCAUAAUGUGUCGGUGAGAGAGGCACUUCAGAAGCCCAGUGUAUCAUGUUACAGAAGAUCACCUAUCAACAAAAUUAGAUGUGAAUGGAAGCUAUCAAAGAAGUGGCCGUACUCAAUUAGGGCAUCCUUAGUAGUAAAAAAGGGUUUCAGUGGACUGCCUUCAGAGUAUAAAUGCCGCUACUAUGAGCUAAGCAACAAAUUCUCAUGCAUUGUGAACCACACUGAAGAAGAUGACAUUUUAUACUUUGUGAAAAUGUGUGUGACAGAUGGGUAUACUACAGAGUCCAGCAAAGAAGAUAUGCUGUCUAGCCAAAGAAUCAUCAAGCCUGACCCUCCAGAGAACGUCACUGUUAAUCCAGUUCAAAAUGCACCUCAGAAACUCAAUGUGACGUGGGUUUACCCACGGUCAUGGUGGACCACAUUUUACAGACUCCGCUUCCAAAUACGUUACAGAGCUGACCGUGUUCAGGAUUUCACCACAAUGCCAGAAGUUUUGAAAACAUCCUGCAUGAUUGAUGAUGCUUGGAUGAAAUUUAAACACAUAGUGCAGGUACGAGGCAUGGAAGAAUUCAGAUAUGGCACGUGGAGUGAAUGGAGUGAGGAGGUUAGCAACACCCCGUGGACAGAACCAGAGCCAGAACCUUCAACACCACAAUAUCAACCAUUUGAGACACCUGUAACAACAGAGGAUCUAGAAGUUUACAACACUGAUGGUGUCACGUGCCGAACAGUGGACUGCAAUGAGAACAGUGGGAGGACUUCAGAUGUACAGUCUUCAGUUACAGAAAUCAACCUGCGUGUUCCUCAGUACACCUUCUGGAUAGUAGGAAUUAUCCAAACAGCCACCAUAGUUCUGUUCAUCUUUCUUAUCAGCAGGUACAAAAGGAAGAUGCAGAAGCCAACUUCAGAAGAAGAAAGGGUAACAAAAGCCUCUUCUUAUUCCAUUAAUGCCAUUUCCCAGAAGGGCAAUGUGGACAAAGACACCCAAGAGGACAUCACCUUGAUCACUCCUGCAGCAGUAGUAAUUAAUAGCAGCCCUGAGGAAAAAGAACUCAUUAGUGAAACCAGUACAGGUCAAGGACCUGUUGUCGUAAUGAAUAUGGGAUACUUCCUAGUCCCAAGAUAGAGGACAUCCAUAUCUGUCAAGAUGGAAUGUUUCGUUGUUGUUGUUGUUGUUUUGGACCUUUGCCACUGUUAUUGACCUUUAUGAAAAGAUACAGAACAGGGCAAAACAAAAGGAUGUGUGUAAGUACUCUUCACCUAGAAUAGGACAAUGCUGUUUACUUCCUGCUAUAAUACUAGUACUGGAUUUUUUUCUGUACAGGAAGUAAUUGUCUGACUUGCUGCAACAAGUGUGUUUAUCUGCUGUUCUUUAUCUGCUCAUAGUACAGCAGAGAAAAUGAUGGAGUUAACAUUACUAACAUGGACUUUUACAGGUGAUGAAAUGAUGUAAAAACUAGACACGGAUGCCACCAGUGCUACCAGCGGUAAUGUCACCUGUGACAUAUCAUAAGGGAACUGCACUUGAAUGAAUGGACUAUACUGAUGUGCUGUUUUCAUGUAUUUCCAUUGUGUACUAAUAUUAUUUUUCUUUGUUUUGUAAAUAACAGUUUGGAAUGUUUUGCAGUAGUUUAAUUUCUAACUUUGUUUUCUUAUUUCGCGGGUAUGUCCCUUUCACCUCUUCUAUCUCAGUAAAUUUGGUUUGAGAAGUUUCAGUUCAGAAACUUUUCUGAACCCCACUGACUUAUUUCUUUCUUAGAACCCACACUGCUUCCCACCUCAGAGGUAAAGGAAGGGAAGGAGGUAGGGGAUGUAGCAGUGAUAUGUGGUACAGAGCCCAAAGAAAGAGUGCAUGAUGCCGUGACCUUUUCUGCCUUCCAUCAGGAGCUUCAGUGCUGUGAAAUGUGUGCAUAAAUAUAUUUCCAUGCAAGCCCGUCUGUUAGUGCAUGCUAUUCUCCCUUACAGGACUGCAUGCAGUUUUAUUAGUGGUCUCAUAGAAGAUACUAGGCUCCAUUUAACUAAAUCAUAUGAGUUACAAACUCAGUCCAGUAAAGGCAGUCCAUAUUUCAAUGUUUCUCACUAUCCCAUUGUGAAGAAUGAUAUCCUAGAAAACCCUGUCAUUAAUGGUUGCAAAAUAAAUCUGGAUGGUUCUGACCGCAGUGCUUGGCUGUCCCAUAUCACUCUGAUAACAGACCUGACGAAAUGUUAAUGUACAUAUAUCCUUACACGAGAUAAACAUUCUGCAAAGGGUUUAGUCUUCCCCACUCAGGGCUGAUUCCAAUCUACUAUUAAUCCUGGAGCCACGUCACUGACUCAUUUCCCAGGGCCAGUCACUGCGUGUUACAAUGUAGCUCCUGUGUAAGAAUUGACUCAUAUCUGAUUAGUGACUUGGAUAUCAGAGGGCUGACCAUGGAGAAUAAUUUUUGCAGUCAAUGGACAGCUGUCCACUCACAUGGGAUGAAUAAAAAGGUUUACUUUGUUAUAAAAAUAACAGUGUGGGGCAGAGAGUGACAUCUUCAGCAGAACACAUAUGGAAACAUGUCCAUUAGGUAAACUGAUAUUAGUGUGCACUAUUUACUAGUGACCAAUGAACAAGACAUUACAAAACAAAAACUAAAUAAAUAACCUAGCAAUGUAACCCUGGCCCACAAUCUAACCAUUAUGUGUACAAGAAAUGCAUAAACUUUUAAAUGAGUAAAGCGCUGAGUUCCUGGGCCCUGAAAUAAGCAGAAAUCGAAAGAAAAAAGUCCAGUCAUCAUCAAACAUCUACUCACGCUUUUCUUUUUUUCUUUAGACAAGUACAAUGGUCUUUAUUUUUUCCAGUAAUUUAAGUGUCGGUACAACAUAGCCAUUUGUGUCGAUAGUUGUGCUUCAAAGGGAAUGUCAACAUUUGGGAUGUUUCUUUGACAUUCAGAUACUUUGCACGUUAGUUGAAAUGGUCCAAAUUUACAAAUAGGCUGAAAGAUUAACUGACCUGUGCAGGUGCUGGAGUGGGAAGAGUGAGUGACAUUGUCCACCCGAUUUUACACAAGUCAUCAUGUAAGCCAAUUUAAUAUUAGCCCACCAUACCACCACACUCUGCUUAAAACACAAAAGCAGACCUAGACACACAGACACAUACCUGUGUGGGAGGAGUGAGUGAGUGAGAUUGUUUAACUGACAUUCUAUCAUUCUUACAUGCGUGUUUUCUAGCACUCUUCCAAAACACUCUACCUUACAUGCAGGCAUGCCAUAGUGGGAGAUGUAAAUGACAUUGCUUACUUGACACUAUAUAAUUCAUUUUUCAUGCCUAUUUUCUUCCACCCCACUACCAUAUUUUGUGCCUUAUACAUAGACAGAAAUGUAGGCACAGUCUCUUAGACACACAAAGACAAAAGCUUGCAUGUAAUGGUGCGUAUACAGAUAUACAGACGUACGCAAACAUAUACACACAAAUACACACAUAUGACCUACAACAAGUGGAUAGUCUGGUGUCUUAAAGACUUUUGAUUAGGUGUUACCUGUCCAGGUCAUAAAGAAGGUGCAAACCAUAAGAAAUGAAUCUGGGCUAAUACUAUUACUGUGUGCCUUCUUAUGGUAGUCCAGCUGAAGGUAUUGUCUGGGCACACACCAUUCUCUACCACCUACUGGUGCAUCAUCAUACACUUAAGUCAUAGAUUUAGAUCAAUGUUACAUAUAUGAGUAGCCAAGUGUUCCAUGAAAUGCAUAUGGUCUUCUCUGCAGAAAUUUCUGGUACUUUCCUAAGGGUGCUCAGAUGCUUACCAUCCUUAAUAUCAUUAAACCCUUUUGUAACAAAGACAAAAUGACAGACCCAGCAAAUUCCAAUGGCUAAGAUUAGAUUCCUUGUGUCCACACUCCCUGCAGUCUUUUCAUCUCCAUGUCUCUCCUCCCUUUUUCUAUGGUGAAUCAAUUGCAAAUGCGGGGCAACUAAAUGAUACAGAGCCUCUACUAUAAGAGACUUCAUAAUGUAAAACUAAAAUAAAUUAAUAUUACAUACUGGAAAAAAGUGAAGUAGGGGCAUACAGCAGAAACAUUAAAGUACUCACAAGAACAAAUCAAGUCCAGGGGACAGCAUCUUUCACGAUAACAAAUAUUCAUGUACAAGGAUGCAUUAAGGAAGAGAGAGACAGAAAUAAGAGUAUAGGGUCAGUGGCGGCCGGUGACUUCAAAUCAAAGGGGGGCUGCAGGCAGGGUUGCCAGAUUUCAUAUCAGCGAGAUAGGGACAACAAAAAAAAAAGUGAAGA